AUGGACUGUCCAAACGGGGAGUUGGAGGUUAAUAUGAAGCCUCCAAAGCGACGCCGUACCGUGCAUAAUGGAGCCGAAACAGACCUUGAAGAACAAGAGGACCAGGAGAAGACUGCAGUGGACGUGAGUAUCAUUAUGCCUGUGUACAACGCCUCCUGUUGGCUUGAUGAGUGUCUGCAAGCAAUAUUAGACCAAGACUUCACUGGGAGCAUGGAACUAUCCGUUUUUGAUGACGCAAGCACUGAUGACUCCAGAAAAGUGGUGGACGCCUGGAAGCAGAGGUUUGAGGGAAAGGGCAUCUCGGUGGUGGUCAGUGGCCACAACUCGGACCAACCAAGAGGAGUGGGACAUGCAAAGAAUAAGGCCAUUGCACAGAGCUCUGGAAAAUACUUGUGUUUUCAGGAUGCGGAUGACGUUAUGUUACCUCAAAGAGUUCGCCUGCAGUUUGAGGCAUCUGUCCUUCAUUCAAGCUCUUUGAUAGGCUGUAGAGUUCGACGCGAUCCAGAAGGAUCCACGGAACGUUACACACGCUGGAUCAACACAAUCACUCAAGAUCAACUACUAACACAAGUAUACACAUCUCAUGGACCAACAGUUAUAAUGCCAACAUGGUUCUGCUCAAGAGAUUGGUUUCUAACUGUUGGAUGUUUCAACGAGGAGGGAAAGGGAGUCCCUGAGGAUUUGAUCUUCUUUUACCAGAGUCUUCGGCAAGGAGGGCUUGUCACCAGAGUAGACCACUGCUUGGUGGUGUACCGUUACCAUGAGAAGGCCACCACACACUCCGUCAAAGAGGAAACCCUUUGGAAACUGCGUGUGGAAUUCCUUCAGGAGCGAGUCAUUUGCACGUGGGAAAACUUUACCAUAUGGAAUGCUGGAAAACAAGGUCGUAAGCUGUACCGAUGCCUUGACGCCACAAAUCAGAAGAAAGUGAGAGCUUUCUGUGAUGUGGACAAGAACAAAAUUAAUAAGGGUUUUUACACAUAUGAGGACUCCAAGGAACGACCGAAGCCAAAAAUUCCAAUUCUGCAUUACAAAGAUGCGUCACCCCCUUUUAUCAUCUGUGUCAAAAUGGACAUGACAGGUGGUGUUCUAGAAGAAAACCUCAACUCAUUACAGUUAAAAGAAGGAGUAGACUUCUAUCAUUUCAACUGA